UCACUCACUCCCUCACUCAUUCACUCACUCUUCCCCACUUUUGAAAAACCAGAAAAAAAUAAAAUAAAAUUGACAAGAAGAAGAAGAAUAGAAUAGAAUACAAAGAUGGUGCCUUUGCCUUCAAAAAGUGGGAAAUGACAAAUGACACAAGAAGCAAAUACUAUUAAACAUCCCACCAAGAACUCCUCCUCCCUCUCCCUCUUUCUCUCUCUAACAAAUGCAUGUGCAGAUUGCUUCUGACUAAUGAUUGUAGAACUUCGUAGUAUCAAAAAUGGCGCAAAAAGCAGACGAAACCCCCUAUUCGACAACUUCGGAGACCUCCCCGGCUCCAAACUCGCCAAUGGGUACUCCUCUCAGAAAAGUUUUCGAUAGAAUCUUCGAUUUUGCUGCUCCUUGGAGAGGGAACCCAGCUCCUCGCGGUCGAAGGAUUUUCCACAGAGACGUGGAGCAGGAAGAGUUUCAGUAUGCCAGCACGCACUGUCUUUCUUCUUACUACAGCGUCUUCGUCGUCCGGCUUGCCAUCAUGGUCAUGUUAGCAAUUUUAAUUGGGCUGUUAACUAUUCUAACAUGGCAUUUCACAAGGAGCUACACAACACAAUCACUCAACAGCUUAGCGUAUGGCCUUCGAUAUGAACUCCUUCAGCGCCCUAUUUUACGAAUGUGGAACAUCUUGAAUUCCACCUCUGAGAUAACCACUGCACAGGUUAAGUUGUCAGAGUAUGUAAUUAGACGCUACAACAAGCCCGCAACACAAGCAGAAGAAGUUGAGCUUUAUGAAGCAAUGAGGGCCGUAACAUGGGCGCUGUUUGCAAGUCGUAAAGCUCUCAACGCCAUAACCAUAAAUUACAAAAACGGUUUUGUCCAAGCUUUCCAUAGAGAUCACAGGAGCAACAAUACAUUCUACAUCUACUCUGAUAUCGCAAACUACUCAAUUAGUGCUGGUGCGACUAAUAAUGAGGACAUACUUUCAUUGCGUCAAGGGUGGAAUGAUCAACUCAUACAUGGCAACAAUUCUGCAAUUUGGUACCGUGAACCACUUGAUCCUGUCACUGGAGAGAAGAUAGGAAAGCAGACGCAAAUUCCACCAGAUGAUCUAAUAAACAUUGCAGGCCUUUCUGAAGUUCCUGAUGGUGUAGCUUCAUGGCAUGUGGCUGUGAGCAAGUAUACAGAUUCACCAUUGCUAUCGGCAGCAUUGCCAGUAUGUGAUGCUUCCAAUAAGAGUAUAGUGGCUGUUGUUGGUGUUACAACUGCACUUUACAGUGUUGGCCAGCUAAUGAAAGAGCUUGUUGAGGUCCAUGGUGGCCACAUAUAUUUGACCUCUCAAGAGGGUUACUUGCUGGCUACUUCCACAAAUGCUCCUCUCCUAAACAAUACUACAGCGAGGCCCAAGCUAAUGAUGGCUACCGAUUCUCAGGAUAAUGUCAUAAGGAUGGGAGCACAGUGGCUACAGAAUGCCUAUGGUAAUAAGCUUCCGCCUGGUCAUGUGGUUCAUGUAGAGAGUGCCAAGCUUGGAAACCAGCAAUACUACAUUGAUUCAUUCUUUCUAAACCUAAAGAGACUUCCUAUUGUAGGAGUUAUCAUCAUCCCAAGAAAAUAUAUAAUGGGAAAGGUAGACGAGAGAGCCUUCAAGACACUGGUCAUAUUAAUUUCUGCAUCUGUAUGUAUCCUAGUCAUCGGAUGUGUUUGCAUUUUGAUACUGACAAAUGGAGUGUCAAAGGAGAUGAAAUUAAGAGCAGAACUGAUUAACCAACUUGAUGCAAGAAGAAGAGCAGAGGCAUCAAGUAACUACAAAAGCCAGUUCCUAGCAAACAUGAGUCAUGAGUUAAGGACACCAAUGGCUGCUGUGAUUGGAUUGCUGGACAUUCUUAUUUGUGAUGACUGCCUUACAAAUGAACAGUAUGCAACAGUUACUCAGAUUAGGAAGUGCUCAACAGCCCUGUUACGACUCCUUAACAACAUACUGGAUCUGAGCAAGGUGAGAUGUAAGGAUGUGUUAGGUCAUACAGACAUUAUGACUUGGGACACAACACAUGCACACACAUAUAUCGGGACUCGUCAGAUCAUGGAACUAGAGAAAAUUUGCCUGAAGUGAUGAAAGUUUCUUUUGUUUAUUUUUGUUUGUAAUUUUUUUACAGCGGGUCAUAUUAUUCUGCGUGGAUGGUGUGAGAGCUUGAAUUCUCUAAAUGAUGCAAAGAAUUUUCCUCUUGACCAGAAGAAAUCACGGCCUCCAAUUAAGACGAAGUUGAAGCCACAGGGGAAUCACUUGAAGAAGUCUUGUAAGAAAGACAACAAAAUGGUCCUGUAUUUUGAAGUUGAUGACACAGGAUGUGGAAUUGAUCCAAGCAAAUGGGAGUCCGUGUUUGAAAGCUUUGAACAAGCUGAUCCCUCAACCACUCGAACGCAUGGUGGCACAGGCCUUGGACUCUGCAUCGUGCGAACAUUGGUUAACAAGAUGGGUGGAGAGAUAAAGGUUGUAAAGAAGAAUGGCCCAGGAACUCUUAUGCAACUAUUCUUGCUUCUCAAUACACCUGCAGAUGGAGCAGAGCCGCAUUACCAAGUCGAUUUUGCACAACAUGAGUUGGUGGCAUUGCUUGCCCUUUAUGGUAGUAUGGGUAGGUUGAUUAUGUCCAAGUGGUUGCGUAAACAUGGUGUCUCCACUUUAGAAGCAUCAGAAUGGAAUGAACUAACGCAAAUUCUUCGAGACCUUUUUCAAGACAGAAAUCAUAAUAACAGAUUUGAUACCCACUAUUCCCUUGGUGAACCUUUGAAAGCUGAAUUGCUAAACAUGCAGGAUAUGAAGAAUCCAAUUUUUGUCAUAGUAAUUGACAUAGCACUUCUUGACUUGAGCACGAACAUCUGGAAGGAACAGCUGAACUACCUUGACAGAUUCUCUGGGAAGGCAAAAUUUGCGUGGAUGUUAAAUCAUGAUACUUCAAAUACCAUAAAGAUGGAGCUGCGCAGGAAAGGGUAUAUAUUGAUGGUUAAUAAACCACUUUACAAGGCAAAGAUGAUUCAGAUUUUGGAAGCUGUCACAAAAGAGAGAAGUAUGGAAAUGCAGAAGAGAAGUUCAAGUGCUUCAAGAACUACAACAAAACAAAGUGAUUCCCAUGAAUGCCUUGAGAUUGAUUCCACUCAGUAUGAGACCUGCAGCUCUGAUGAUUCUGACACGUCUGAAAUUGGCGGUUCGAAUUCCACAAGUACUUCGCAUUCUAGAGAGAAACAAAGGGAAAAAAUGAGGAAAUCUAGCCCAUCACAGUGUCAGACACAGAGAAAAUGUUUUAUCGAAUUCAAUCAAGCAGAUUCAGAAGAAAAAACUAAUUUAGGACCAGAAGCUCCAAUCAAGCCCAAGCUACACGACACUGGAGAUGCGAAUUCGAGGAACACCAAGGAAGCAUUAUCAGUUUCCUGUGAGAGUUCAAAAUGCCAGGAACAGCAGUAUUCAGUUAGCAACAGUCCUGAAGAUCAAGGUAAUUCUUUUUCAUCAAAGUCUAAGCAGGAACAAAAAUCUCUCGAAGGCCUACGGAUAUUGCUCGCAGAAGAUACACCGGUACUCCAGAGAGUAGCAACCAUAAUGCUGGAAAAGAUGGGGGCAACAGUGGUUGCUGUUGGCGAUGGACAGCAGGCAGUUGAUGCACUACACUGCGUGCUUAACAAUGAAGAAUAUAAAAGAGAUUCCCUGUCACAAGAUGGAAGCACAAGAUCGAGAAAAGAAAUCUUGGAUUCCCCUCCAUAUGACUUGAUUCUGAUGGACUGUCAGAUGCCAAAGAUGGAUGGGUACGAGGCUACGAAAGCAAUCAGGAAAUCAGAAACAGGAACAGGCUUGCACAUCCCGAUCGUUGCCUUGACAGCUCAUGCAAUGUCAUCGGAUGAAGCAAAGUGCCUGGAGGUGGGCAUGGAUGCGUAUCUAACAAAGCCAAUUAACUACAAGCUGAUGGUGUCCACCAUUCUUUCCCUCACUAAAAGAACAGCUUAAUUUGUUCACUUUCAAAUUAAAGCAAGAAAAACAAAAAGCUAACACAAAUAUUUUGUCUUAGACAGGAGUUUUAAGUGUAAUUACAUAUAUAUAUAUAUUGUGAGCAGAAGAGCUUUUGGAGAAUGCA